AUGUUUAGCUUAGGAAGAAAAAAAAAGAAAAUGAACACUAAGCCUGAUGUGAUUCAAAAGUGUUUGUGGCCUGCAUGCCUUGUAGGUCUGUUCAUCCCUGGCGCCCUCUCUCUGCACUGUAACUUGCUGCAUCUUCACCUGAGGGAAGUCACCUGGCAAAAUCUGAGACUUCUGAACAGCAUGAGCAAUUCAUUUCCUGUAGAGUGCCUAAGAGAAACCAGAGCUUUUGAGUUGCCCCAAGACAUCCAAUCACACACCCCACCUGGGAAAAGGUACCUCAAGGAGGCCUUCUAUGAAAUGUCCACACAGGCCUUCAACAUCUUCAGAGAGUCCACCACCAAAUCCACUUGGAAAAAGAAAAACCUGAAACAAAUCCAAAUCAGACUUGAUUGGCAGAUGCACCACUUGGAAAAAUGCUUCGAGGAAGAGGAGAAAGGGAAGGAAGACUCGAAACAGAUGGAAGAGGAUGGGAUGGACUUCUCAGGAGCUAUGGUCUCCCAGGUGAGCAGCCUAGAACUGAGGAGAUAUUUCUAUAGGAUGUACAACUUCCUGAAAGAUAAGAAAUACAGUCCCUGUGCCUGGGAGAUCAUCCGAGUGGAACUCAGAAGAUGUUUCUACUACUUCUAUAAAUUAACACUACUACUCAGGAAGAAAUAA